AUGCGCACUUGUCCCCCUCGUCUUUUUGAAGCGGCCCAGAAUUCUUUUGAUGUGGUUUUUCGAGCUUCUUUGGAGCGCAUUGUAACUGCUUCGGGGUUAGGUUUUGGUGAUUGGCAAUGGCGACUUGCCAGCUUACCUUUUGCUUAUGGUGGACUGGGUUCAGUGGGUGAUGUUCGGCACUAUGCUUUCCUUGCGUCGCGUUUUGCAGUCUUCUGGUCUUCAGGCUAUGCUUCUUCACAAUUAUGCAAGGGAUUCACUCCUCGUUAUUGGGAGUGGUUGUGUCAAGGGGAAGGGUUACCUGAAUCCUCAGUAGAAGGCCAAUCAAAUGAAUAUCGUGAUAUGGUUACGGAUGCUGUUGGUCAUAAUUAUGAUCGAUCGGGUACUGAAGCUGUAGAGGAGGAGCCUAACGCUGAAGCAAAGCGUUUUCUUGAUUUAUUGAAGGCGUCUGAACAUCCAUUGUAUGAAGGGAGUUCGAUGUUGGUUUUGGAGGUGGCGGCAAGAAUUACUAGCUUAAAGUGUGAGUACAAUUUGCCGCACAGGUGUGUUGAUGGGUUCGUUUCAUUGUUGACAGAAGCGAUCCCUGGCAACAGCCGUUUGGGUGAGACAUUCUACGAUGUUAAGAAGGUUGUUAAGGGGUUGGAGCUGCCGCAUGAAAAGAUUCAUGCAUGCCCCAAGGGAUGUAUGUUGUUUUGGAAAGAGGAUGCUGAGCUUCCUACAUGUAGAGUGUGUGGCAGUGAUCAAUACAAAAGAACUGUUAAAGGCAGCUUAGUUCCAAAUAAUGCGCUAUUUUAUUUCCCGAUCACAUCUAGGUUGCAAAGGAUGUUUGCAACGAAGAACAUUUCAGAGGAAAUGAGUUGGCAUGCAAAUAAUCCUCGUGUCAAAGGCACGAUGGCACACCCUAGUGACACUGAAGCUUGGAGACAGCUUGAUACCUGCUUCCCAGAGUUUGCCUCGGAUCCACGGAAUGUUCGACUAGGGCUGUGUACAGAUGGUUUUGCUCCUCAUGUUCAUGUUCUUGUCACUGAUAGUCCCUGGUCCCAAAACCCGAAGGGAAAUUUAGAUAUGUACAUGCAACCACUGAUACAAGAGCUGAAACAGUUGUGGGAAGUUGACGCAAGUACUUAUGAUAUAUCAAAGAAACAAAAUUUCAAUUUAAGAGCAGCCAUCCUAUGGACCAUUAGUGACUUCCCUGCAUAUGGUAAGUUGUCUGGAUGGUCCACAGCUGGUAAGAAGGCUUGCCCGUACUGCAUGGAAAAAAGCAAGGCAUUUUGGUUACAGCAUGGCGGAAAAGUUUCGUGGUUUGAUUGUCAUCGUCAAUUUCUUCCUGCAGAUCAUCCUUUCCGAAAAAGUAAAACAGCAUUUUGCAGAAACAGAGUUGAAAAAGGCUCACCACCGCACAUCAUGUCAGGGGCGGAACUUUGGGAAUGUGUGAAAGACCUUCCGAGGGCCACCGAUGGGCCCGAAUCACUGCAAGAGUUGAAAAAGGAAAAGAAAGGGUGGUUGAAGCAAAGUUGCCUGUGGGAGCUUCCGUAUUGGAAGCAUUUGCUGAUUCGUAACAACUUAGAUGUCAUGCACAUUGAAAAAAACUUCUUUGAUCAUAUAUUCCACACUGUAAUGGAUGUGAGAAGACAAACUUCUGACACACCUUCGGCCAGAAAUGACAUUGCCAAAUAUUGUAGGCGACCUCAACUUCAUCUACAGACUGAUGACAGAGGGAAUGAGGUCAUGCCAAAGGCCCCAUUCUGCCUCAAUAAGGGUCAGAGGAAGGUUUUGUGUGAGUAG